AUGUCUGACGCCGAGAACAGCACCCAGUCUAGAAUUCAUUAUCCCAAAAUCCAUCGACAAGAGAAUGUUUUUGAUUCAUAUCAUGGAAAACAAGUAGCUGAUCCUUAUCAAUGGUUAGAAGAUCCAGACAGUGAGGAGACAAGGGAAUUUGUUAAGGCACAAAAUGACAUUACCAAUGCAUAUCUGAAAAAAUGCAAAAUUCGCCAACAGUAUCAAAGCAGAUUGACAGAGUUGUACGAUUAUCCUAAAUAUGGAUGCCCUUUUAAACGCGGCAACAGAUACUUUUACUUUUAUAAUUCUGGAUUACAAAAUCAAAGUGUCCUCUACACCAAGGACUCUCUCAAUGGAGAAGGAACUGUGUUUUUCGAUCCCAAUAAAUUAUCAGAUGAUGGUACAAUUGCUCUAUCAAGACAUGCUUUUACUAAGGAUGGACAAUACUUUGCUUAUACUCUAUCGAAGAGUGGAUCAGAUUGGAAAACCAUUCAUUUCAUGGAAGUUGAUAGCCAAAAGACGUUGCCCGAUGAAUUAAAAGAUGUAAAGUUCAGUUCGUUGUCAUGGACCCAUGAUAACAAAGGAGUUUUUUAUAAUCGUUAUCAUGUUGAUAGCAAAUCUGAUGGAACUGAAACUUCGCAGAAUCUUCAUCAAAAGCUAUAUUACCACUAUUUGGGAACACAACAAUCGGAAGAUGUUCUUUGUGCAGAAUUUCCCAAUGAGCCAAAGUGGAUUUGUGAAGCAACUGUUACCGACGACGGUCGAUACGUAGUCUUGGAGGCAUGUGAAGGAUGUGAUCCAGUUAAUCGACUUUAUUAUUGCGAUUUGGCUGAAUUAACUGAUGGUAUAAAGGAAAGAUUGCCAUAUAUUAAAGUCGUGGACAACUUUGACGCAAAGUACGAAUACGUUACCAAUUUUGGAAAUAUUUUUACGUUUUUGACGAAUUUGAACGCUCCCAACUAUAAGCUUAUUAACAUUGAUCUUACUAAUCCUGAUAUGAAUAACUGGACAACUCUUGUACCGGAACAUUCAAAAGAUGUACUUGAAUGGGCAACAUGUAUAGCAGAAAAUAAAUUAUUUGUUUGCUAUCUUCAGGAUGUCAAGAAUGUUAUUCUAAUAUUUGACGCUAUUUCGGGCGAUUCAAUUGCAACUCUUCCUUUGGAUGUGGGGACUAUAGCUGGCUUCUCUGGCCGCAAAACGCAAUUUGAGAUCUUCUAUCAGUUCAAAUCCUUUCUCACACCCGGAACAAUUUAUUACUGUGAUCUUCGAAAAGACAACAUUCAGUCUGAAAUAUUUAUGAAAACUGACCUGAAGGACAUUGAUAUAUCUGAGUUAGUAACAAGUCAAGUUUUCUUUAAAAGCAAGGAUGGAACUACAAUCCCAAUGUUUAUUGUUCACAAAAAGGGAAUUGAACUAAAUGGUAGCCACCCUACACUUUUGUACGGCUAUGGUGGUUUUAAUAUUUCCUUGACUCCGUUUUUUAGUGUUUCCAGAUUGAUGUUUAUCUAUCAUUUGGGAGGUAUUCUAGCUGUGCCAAAUAUCAGAGGAGGAGGUGAAUAUGGAGAAAAGUGGCAUAAAGCUGGUGUAAAAGACAAAAAACAGAACGUUUUUGAUGAUUUCAUUGGGGCUGCGGAAUUUCUAAUUGAUAAUAAAUAUACCUCUUCAAGAUUAAUCGCAAUCAAUGGCGGUUCGAACGGCGGACUUUUGGUAUGCGCCUGCAUGAAUCAACGACCAGAUUUAUUCCGUUGUGUCAUAAGUCAAGUCGGAGUCCUCGAUAUGCUGAAGUUUCACAAAUUCACUAUUGGUCAUGCUUGGACCACUGAUUAUGGUUGUGCCAGUGAUAGCGAAGAAGAGUUUAAUUAUCUUAUAAAAUAUUCGCCUCUCCACAGCAUUAAGGCCUCUUCAAACCCUAAUAUACAGUAUCCAGCAUUACUAUUAAUGACAGCUGACCAUGAUGAUAGAGUUGUUCCCCUGCAUUCGUAUAAGUUUAUAGCUGCUAUACAACAUGAACUUGGCUCUUUACCGCACCAAAUCAAUCCUUUGCUCAUUCGAAUUGAGACAAAAGCUGGACAUGGUGCUGGAAAGCCUACGGCCAAAAUUAUCGAAGAAGCUGCUGAUAUGUAUGCAGUUAUUGCCGAGAAUUUGAACUUGUCAUGGCGUUGUGGUGUUUCAGCGAACUAAUCUUAAUGUGCGAAGUUUCC